AUGGCUGCUCCAAAAAUUGACUCAUCGAAUACUCAGAACUUCUCCAACAUUGCCAUCACGGGCCAAGGGAACUGGAUAGAUGGAGAUGAUGGAGCUCAUGUCUUUUGGCUUCAUGGCUUAGCCGGCACUGGAAAAUCAACAAUUGCACGCACAAUUGCUCGCCAGUUAUACGACGAAGGUUAUUGGAUGGCAAGCUUUUUCUUUGCCAGAAAUGACGACGAGACAAGUAAGGCCAACAGAUUUGUUAGCACCGUGGUAUCACAACUGGCAGACAAAGAUCUGGAAUUUCAGCAACAACUUCAGGAUUUGAUUCUCAAGGACAAGGGAAGCAGGUACCGCCUACUCAGCGACGAGUGGAAAGAGCUGUUUAUUAAUCCACUAUUAUGUCUAAACUCGCCUCGGUCCCCGCUCAUUAUUAUUAUUGACGCAUUAAAUGAGUGUGAAGGCGAGGGCAGCAUUGCGGCUCUCAUCCAAAUUUUGACACAGGCCCAAACUGUGGGCCAAAUCAAGUUGCGUUUUUUGAUAACAAGUCAAUCUCAGAGUAUUAUUCGCAAAGGAAUCCAGCAUGCAGGCCCAAAUUUUGUGAAUUUUGCCUUGCAUGAUGUGCCUGAUUCUGAAGUAUCCCAUGACAUCUCGUUGUUCCUGCAUGACAGACUGUCAGAAUUCAAUUUUGGCAAUGAAAAGAUCGAGAAACUCGUGGGAAAAGCCUCAGGGGUAUUCAUCUGGGCGGAUACAGCUUCUCGUUUUCUCAAGACGCAUAGAAGAAUUGCUUUCUUACGCUUGACAGAGAUGCUUGAGACCUGUCCAGCAGAUGUUCCGCCAGAGGAACAUCUGAACAGUCUCUAUCUCUUUGUGCUUCAACAGUCAAUCGACUCUAGUCUGGAGAGUCAUCACAGGGAGAUUAUGUGCCAAGACAUCCAAAUUGUGCUUGGAACUCUGGUUGUGCUCUUCGGCCCCUUAGCUCUUGAUCCAUUGGCUCGGCUUAUUGAUCAAUCUGUGACAAAAGAAAAUCUAUCUGACACUCUUGCCCUUUUUGAACCAAUCCUCGAUAUCCCUGAAGACCGUCUUCGUCCUAUUCGCUUACAUCAUCCUUCUUUCCGGGAGUUUUUGCUUACUGCCGAGCGAUGCAAAGACCAAAGCUUCAGAGUGGAUGAAUGCCAUGCUCACAUGGCAAUUUUCCAACGGUCCAUUGAUUUGAUGUCAGGAUUUUUUGGGAAAGAUGACGUUUGUGACCUGAGAGAUCCAGGGGCUCUUUUACGUGAUCUCGACCCGAAUGAUCUAGAACAGCACCUGCCCUCUGAGAUACAAUACGCAUGUUCAUUCUGGGUGCAGCAUUUAAUGAAGAGCAAAACAAACAUUCUGGACAAUGACUUUACUCAUCGCUUCAUUAAAACCCAUUUGCUGCGUUGGUUCGAGGCCCUUGCUUGGAUGGAACGGAUGGCGGAAGGCAUCGCCACUUUAGAUUUGUUGACGUCUGCUACCUCGAUCGAACAGUCACCUCUUCUCCGAAAAUUGCUCCAAGAUGCAAAACGAUUCAUGCAAUACAGCCAACCUGUUGUCAGCCAAGCUCCUCCCCAAAUAUACCUGAGCGCCAUUAUGUUUGCUCCAAAGAACAGUUGCGUUCGUGAGCAAUUUCGAGAAUCUGCUCUUCAAGUGGCACUACACCUGCCUAUGAUACAAAAUGAUUGGAGCCCCUUGCUAUACACAUUCAAGUUUCCCGUCCCAGUCGACGUGGUUGCAUUUAUGCCGGGGGGAGCUAUGGUUGCUAUAGCAAUGCAAAAUUACAUUUUAGUGUGGAACCUCAGCACAGGAAGAUGCCUCAAAAAGCUCGAGGGACAUAGGAGGAAAAUCACUUCUUGUAUCUUCUCUAAAAACGGAAAGACAUUGGCUACGUCUUCUUGCGACCACACCGUGCGACUUUGGGAACCAAUUUCAGGGCAAAGCAUCCAUUGCUUCGAAGGUCAUACGGAUUCAGUCACAACUGUGAUAUUUUCUCCUGAUGAUACCCUGUUGGCUUCUGCAUCUCACGACAGCACAGUGCGAAUUUGGAGUUCCUCUGAUGACAAAUUUAUUGAUGUUCUCAAGGGUCACACCGAUUCGGUGCACAAUCUUCUAUUCUCAUUUGAUGGAAAAGUGCUGGCAUCUUCAUCCUCAGAGGGAUGCAUAAUUCUUUGGAAUUGUGCUUCUGGAGAGGCCAUGCAGAAAUUUCAGCUCGAUGGAUUCAUCAUAAAUAUGGCUUUUACAGAUGGUGGCACUAGGUUGGCAUGCAUUGAAGAUAACGGUGACCAGAAAUUAUCGCUCUGGAACCUGGUCAACAACAACUGUGAAUUCCAAAAGAGAUACGGGGAUGAUACCUGCGAUAUGGUCUUUUCGCUAAAUGGUAGAUGGUGCGCGAUGUAUGAUAAUCUUGACGUGCUUCUCUACCGUUUGGAUGAUAGCUCUAUCUUCUGCCGCAUUUUAUCCGGUCAAGAAAAUGAUGUGCACGCAAUGGCCUUUUCGCCAAAUGAAGAGGUCUUAGCAACAGGACAAGAGGAUGGUCUACUACGCAUUUGGAACACAGCCACAGCUGAGUGCACGCAAAUAUUAGUGGGACGCAAUGGUGUCAGGAGUAUUUUUUGGAGCCAAGAAAGCGAUUCAAUGUUAUCGAUUCACGCGGACGACUCCCUAUGGCUCUGGGACCUAAGUUCGGAACAGGACGAGGGACAAGAAAAUUUCGAGUUUGCGUCUUGUGACAUGGAAUAUAUCGAUCUCUCACCCAAAAUGAACGUGGCCCUAUCAACUGCCACUUGUUCCCCUGCCAAUCUUUGGGACACCAAAAAUGGCCGGCACAUUGCGCAAUUAGGGAAAAUAUCAAACGCCAUACCUGAUUAUCCUUAUAUAUUUUCCCCCGAUGGACGGCUAUUAGCAAGUGGGUUACUGGAUCAUACUCAGACCCACAAGCUGAUUCUAUGGAAUCCAUUGAAUGGAAACUAUAUUAAGUCACUCGAAGGUCAUUCUGCCAGAGUGACUGCAGCCAGGAUAUCACACGACUGCAAAGUUCUAGUUUCAGCUUCGGCGGACGACACGCUGCGAAUUUGGGAUCUGAACAACUUUCAUUGUUCUCAAAUCAUCCAAAAUGUAUCCGAAGGGCGCAUUUUGCGAGAACCAGCGAAUCCUUACGUCGGCUAUCCUUCUGUGCAGAAUGUGGUUAUCUCUCAGGAUAAAAGCACAGUAGGAUCUAUUGAGGAAGGUGGAGUUGGCAAGUAUAUUCGUGUCUGGAAUCUUUCUACUGGCCAUUGUCGCCAGACAUGGAAUUUAUGUCCUAGGUUAGUCAUCCUGUCUUCGGAUGGCUAA